UCCUGGAAUAUUGUCCAACUCAUUGCCAGUGUGACUGGGACAUCUACAGUGUGUCAUGUGUUGGAGCUGAUGUCAUGCCUGUAUUCCAUUCCAGCACACAGGAGGUUUGGCUUGUGGGGACCAAACUUUCUUAUCUUCCUAAAAAUGCAUUCGCCAACUUGGCCAACAUUGUUCACAUAUACAUCUCUGAUGAUGAUACUAUAAGAUAUCUUGAGAGGCAUUCUUUCCACAACCUGUCCAGGGUCACUCACAUACAACUAACUGGUAUCAAAACACUGUCAUACAUCAACCAAGAGGCCUUUAAAAAUCUUCCAAAUUUGAAGUACCUUGGGAUCACCAACACAGGUCUCACCUCCUUCCCUGGGCUACAAUAUAUUCAGUCCAGCAAAGAUGAUUUUAUUUUGGAGAUAGUGGAAAAUGUCUUCCUACAAGUUAUACCUGCUAAUUCUUUCACUGGAAUAUCUGAGAAUGCUUUAACCAUCAUGCUGAAUAGCAAUGGUGUGAAAGAGAUCCAGCAAUAUGCCUUCAAUGGGAGCAGACUGGAGGAAGUGUAUCUUCACAGGAAUGUUGAUCUGGAACGAAUAGAUGAAUUUGCAUUUUAUGGCGUGAUUCAUGGCCCAACGCACUUAGACCUUUCAGAAACCAAAGUAAGCUCUCUUCCUUCAAUGGGUAUGGAGACCAUUGAAAAGCUCCAAGCUAAAAACACUUGGACCCUCAAAGUACUGCCCCCAUUUAGGGCCUUUCUCCAUUUACAAAGUGCUGAAUUGACCUUCCCAAGCCAUUGUUGCGGUCUCAAAAUGUUGAAAAGAUGGAGAGGAAACUCUGAGGCAGUUAUAUGCAACCUGACCCGGACUGCUUUGGGAAAGCUGCAGGAAUCUUCUGCAGCUGCCUCUCAGAGGUAUCUGGGACAAAAAAUCGAACAACAUCUGAAAGACAGCUUUGGUCUCCCAACUGCCGACAGCAGAAAUCACAAUCAGUACUAUAACAGCCCAAUUAGCCCAACUGAACAGUCUCAAAAUGAGGAUGCCCUGAACCCCUGUGAGGAUGUGAUGAGUCAAGGCUUCCUGAGGGUGUUGGUCUGGGUUGUCAGUCCGUUGGCCAUUUCAGCCAACUUCCUGGUGAUGUUCAUCCUGCUGACCAGCCAACAGAAGUUGUCCGUUACCCGUUUCCUCAUGGGUCACCUGGCAUUUGCAGACUUUUGUAUGGGAAUAUACUUACUGCUUGUUGCGUCUGUGGACCUCUACACACGCUCCCAUUAUUACUACUACGCUAUUGCCUGGCAAACAGGAGGUGGCUGCAAUCUAGCAGGGACAAUAUCGGUGUUUGCCAGCGAGCUAUCUGUGUACACGUUAACUUUAAUCAGCCUUCAGCGCUGGCACGCCAUCUUCUAUGCAAUGAGGGCAGACCGAAAAAUCAGGUUACGCCAUGCAGCUGUGCUGAUGCUCAUCGGCUGGUUGCUGUGUGCGAUCCUAGCCGUGCUUCCAUUGGUUGGUGUGAGCAGUUACCAAAAAGUGAGCAUCUGCUUACCCAUGGACACUGAGACAACUGCUGCCCGUGCCUAUGUGGUCUCUGUGCUGAUGAUUAAUAUUAUUGCUUUUCUGGUGGUAUGUUUAUGUUACCUCCACAUCUAUUGUAUGGUGCACAAUCCCCAGCACCAGUCCAGCAGAUGUGAUACCAGCAUGGCCAAGCGCAUGGCUGUUCUAAUUUUCACCAACUUUCUGUGUCUGGCUCCCAUUUGCUUCUACGGCUUGUCUGCGGUUCUCCACCAACCAUUGAUGACUGUCACAGAUUCCAAGGUGCUGCUGGUCCUUUUCUAUCCUCUCAACUCUUGUGCACACCCAUUUUUUUAUGCUAUCCUGACAAAGGCAUUUCACAGAGACAUCCUUAUGUUGCUGAGCCGGAUGGGCCUGUGCCAGCGGCAAGCACACCUCUAUCGAAGCCAACUUCUCAGUAUAGUGCCCUACAGCAGACCCAUAAGCGUCAAAAUCUCACCUGAGGGUUGGAACCACAACACUGGUGCCUCAUUGGACGGGGGCAACGGGAACUUCAGGGAGUCCCUGUGA